AUGCCAGACCUGCUGACGUUCCAAACACACGUCCUCCUGUGGAUGCUUUGUGCUGGUUUCAUUACUGCAGCUCAAGAGGACAUUCUCUGUCCAGAAGGUGGUCAGAUCCACCUCUCCAGGCUGCGAUGCUACUGGCUGUCUGAGGUGACCUUGCCCUGGUCUGAGGCACAGGAUUCAUGCAGAAAGACUGAUGGAGGAGAUCUGGCAGAUGUUCAGACCCUGGAGCUGCAAACGUUUAUCCAGCGGUCAUUUCCAGUUAAAUCAUCUGUGUGGACAUGGAUGAGGGGGUCAGAGGACCACCAUCAUGAUGGGGUAACUCCUGCAUGGGGGGGCAGAGGCAGUGGGGGUCCACCAGUGUGUCCUCAGAUGGUUCUGGGGACGCAGGGACAGGUCAGGACGUCCACGUGUUCUGGACGCUUUCACUUCCUCUGUGAAAAACAAGUAACAGAGUCUGUCCCGUCUACACACACUUACCUGACCGGACCGCUUCUCAUGACUGGCGUCUAUUCUCACGUCCAGAUGUGGACGCUCCAACAUCCAGAUGUGGGUCAGUUUACAGUGGAGAUGCAGCUCUUCCCAGGUGUGUGGUUCAGUCAUGCAGGUCAGUUAGUGUCUGUGGAACUGGUGGUCCAGCCCAGCCCAGAAUCCUCCCUGGCCCGGAUCCAGAUCCUCCGACCCUACUGCAACCCCAACCACCACUUGGUGCCCCCAGGUUGCAGCUCUCUUCUGAACCCGUUCAGCUGCUGUUCUGCAGUACCCAUGUGUAACAGUACGGGGGGCUGCAGCCUGGGUCAGUACUGGUGCCACCUGCUGGAGGCCUGUGUGCCCGUCACCAGGCCCUGCAGCCCCUACGAUUCAGCCGGAAAGAUCCGAGGCUUCGCUCUGCCGCCCAGAUACACUGCAGUUCCACCAUUCUACCACCCGGUGGCAGAUCUGUCUCUGAGAAUAAACCCUGCGUCUGCUCGCAAACAUAUAAACCUGGUUCUGCCUGAUAAACCCACAGUGGUUUAUCCUGAUGACAUAAUCGCUGUACAACACACUCGUGAGUCUGGAACCUUCCUCCACUGCCGUACCAACGAGGCCUCGCUGAACUGCCCCUGGUGCCAGAGCUACCUGUCCAUCAGGGGGGAGGAGCGGGGGGGCUGGUGGGAGGGAGGCGUCACGUCCCCCUCCCACAGAGGCCAGUGGGUGGACGGGGUGGUCUGUGAUCUGAGGAUGCUGUACGUGGACACAGAGCACAUGGAUGCGUUCGGCUCCACCCACAUGGACACGAGCACCGCCUCCGACGUUCACACCCUGACUGAUGGUCCACCUCUGAAACCUGGGCUCAGUCUCAUCCACCCUGCACCAGAUGAAAACAACCAGAUUCAUGUCCAGGUCAACAUUCCCACCCUCAUGGUCAUCAGGGUUCCAUCUGGAGACCAAGCCCGGAGCUCCUGGUCAUGGCCGGUGCUCCAGACCGGGGUCCCCUUCCUUCCAUCCUGUCCUGGGGAGGUGGACCAGAUUCAGGCCUCCUGCGGCUGCACAGACGCCUGGUUCUCCUCUGUGACUCUGCUGUUGUCCUCAGUGGGAGUUCACCAGUUGAAUAUUACUGUGACAGAUCCACUGACCGCUCAGAACAUCACUGUCCUGGUCUGUGGAUACGAGGCAGUGAGUGGGCUCACAGUUCAGCCUCAUGGAUGUCUGAGGAUGCUUGUAGACACAUCACAGUCUUUUACAGCCACAGUGGAGACGGGUUCCUCAGUGACGUUCACAUGGGUGAUUGACAGCCUGGACACAUUCGCUUAUGAAGGUGACUCGUUCAGCGUCGUCUUCAGGAAAGCGGCUGAAUACAAACUCAAAACCCAGUUCGUCGUCCUGACGGUUGAUGAAAUGACACCAGUGACUGAACCAGAGUUCCUCGUUGUCAAAGAAGCCGUAGCUGUCGAUGCCACACAACUGUACACUGUCAGGGUUAAAGCGGACAUUUCCCUGCCAGUCUCCUUCAGGUGGGAUUUUGGGGACGGCAGUAGUGAGGUAAUCCACACCCACUCGGCUCCGUGUCAGACUAUGGAGGAGCAGGAGGAGAAAGGACUGAAGCAGGUGUUUGUCCUGGACUCAGUCAACCAUACCUUCUACAUUCCAGAUGACUACACACUUCACGUCCAUGUUUCAAACCAAUACUUCACCAGUGACCUGUCUGUGAAGAUAAGUGUCCGCCUACAGUUACAUCACCUCCUUCUUUCCUCGUCUCCUCUGGUGCCUCGUGCCCACCACCAUCUUCUUCUGGAGGCUUCUACCGAACCCUCCUCAGACACUGUUGUCUACACAUGGGACUUUGGUGAUGGUUCCAAUACUGUCCAAGAUGUUCAGCAUAAACUUAGCCAUGUGUUUGGAUCAGCUGGAGUUUAUAACAUUACAGUGUGUGCCAAUAACAGUCUUAGUGCUGUGACUGCUUGGCUUAUGGUAGAGAUAAUGGAGGAAGUCUCUGGAUUAAUUGUCAGAUACAGUGGAUCCAGAGAGAUUAACUCUGUUAUAGAUUUCAGAGCUAACGUGUCCACUGGUACAAGCCUCUUCUGGAAAUUCGACUUUGGUGAUGGUUCACAGCAGGGGAAUCUUACAGAUGGCUCUAUUUCCCAUAUGUAUAGGAGUCCAGGGAACUAUACGGUGGGAGUAACAGUGUCAAAUUCUGUCAACCAGGUCUAUCAGUCUAUCACUGUGGAGGUCUACAGGCUGGAGAUUAAUGGAAUUCUGCCAACUGAGUGUGUAAUUAGUGGUAAAAACAUCCAGUUUACUGCUCUGGUUAAUGGCAACAUCUCUAUGUUAACUUUUCAUUGGCUGUUUGGAGAUGGCUCACCUUCAGCUGUUGUGACAGGAGAGUCCACAACCUCACAUACAUUUAUAAUCCAAGGAGUGUUUCCUGUAAAUCUUUCUGUGUUUAGUUCUGUUUCGCAUGUGUCUUUUAAAGGGAGUAUUUGUGUUGAAAGCCUAAUCACUAGUGUAGCAAUGAAAUCAUCCCAGGAUGUAGUGUCCAUAGAGGAAGAUGUUUGUUUCUUGGUGUUAGUUAGCCCGGAGCUUACAACAGGUUUCCGAUUUAAGUGGUUUAGCAGUUCCUCCAGCCUCAGUGCCAUGACACAAACCAACCAAAAGUGUUUUGUCUUUAAUGAGGAGGGUAUUAAAGAAGUAUCAGUAAUGGUGAGUAACAAUGUCAGUAAUCAAACAGCCAAAAUGAGCAUCACUGUUCAAAAACCUAUAGGUGUGCUGUCUUUGGUACAUAAUAGCCAAAGUGACACACUGAUGGUCAACUCAUUAACAUCAUUUUGGGUGACCAGCUGUAGUGGCAGCAAUGUGACAGUUCUAUGGGACUUUGGAGAUGGUUCUCCAAUAGAAGAGAAGCAAAAUGCAUCACAUGUAUUUACCACCACGGGUCAGUUCAUAAUUACAGCCACAGUGUUUAACAGUGUUAGCCGGAAGUCUUCAACUCUUAAAGUGAAUGUUUUGCCUCCUGUUCAGGACCUUUCACUUCACACCAAACAGCUUUAUGUUGCAGUUGGAGAAGAAACGCUCUUCACAGCAGUAAGUAGUACCAUUAAUAGCACCAAGUACUGCUGGAUAGUGGACAAUGUGAUCACACAGGGCACUCAUCAGUUUAGAUUUGCAUUCCCCAAGCCUGGCGUGUAUCAAGUGAAAGUUAUAGUAGAGAACUCAGUGAGUAAAAUGGAAGCAGUGGUUUUAAUUGAGGUCUUUGAAAGAAUAGUUGGUGCUCAGAUUGAGUGUCAAAACCUAAGAGGCAUGAAAUUACCAGCUCAUGAGGAAACACAGUUCAUUGCUUCUGUCAUCAAAGGAUCCAAUGUUUCUUAUCAGUGGCUUGUUACACAGGAUGGUUUAAAUCAACAAAUUCAAGGUGGUGGUGAAGUUUUUCAUCUGGUAGUUGUGCAUCCUGGUAGAAUUUUAGUUCAGCUAAGAGCUGUCAAUAGAGUGGGUGAAGCCGUGAGCAAUGUUUCUGUUGUGGCAGUUGAAAGAGUAAGUAGAGCAAACAUCACAGUGCAAUCCCACAUUGUGCCAUUAGGGAAACCAGUGAAUAUCACUGUAUCUGUGGCCACUGGUUCUGAACUCCAUUACAUUUGGUACUUGAACUCUGAUCCUUCACCCAUACAGACUCAUGUUCCCUUUCUCUACCACACUUUUACACAGCUGGGUCAUUGUCAUGUUUCUGUUUCAAUUCAAAACAUCUUCAGCCAAAGUAAUGUGUCUGAACUGUUUGUGGUCCAGGAGGAGGUCCAUAAAGUGGACUUUGAAAUUGAAGGGAAAAAAGAGCCAUUUUAUAUCUGCACAAAUGAUUCUGUGGCACUCAGUGGGCACGUCACUAAGGGCAGUGAUCUGUACUGGGAUUGGAAGGUCAGAGGUACCCCAGACACACUUACAGAUGCUACGAAUCAGACCUUUACAUGCAGAUUUCCUCAUGCAGGCGUCUACCAGGUGUCUUUAAACAUCUCAAAUGAGAUUAACUGGCAGGUCGUCUCACAUAGAAUGACCGUCCAAGAUGCAGUUGAAGGUCUGAUGCUAAAUCUUAGCAAAUCUUCUCUUUGCACUGAAGAGGAAGUUGCUUUUGUUCCUACUAUCUCCAAAGGAAGCAAUGUAAGUUUUAUUUUAAUGUUUAGAAACAAGGAUCUGAGCAAUGGUCAUGAGAUUGUUGAGGAAAGGUUUACCACAUCUGACCUUCCAGCUGGUAAUCAUAGAGUGACAGUGAAAGCCUGGAACCAGGUCAGUAGUGCUGAGGUAUCUUCAAAUGUUCUAGUAACUGAACGUAUACAGGGUUUGCAGCUAAAGUGUUGCUCAGCUGUUGUAGAAGCUUUGAAAGAACUGAGUUUCAAAGCAGAUGUUAAAAAUGGUUUUCCAGUCAACUACACCUGGAUAUUUGAUAUGGAGGGUUACAGGCCCACAUGGGUAAUUGGACAAGAAGUUGUCUUUACAGCGCCAGAUAGUGGUUUGUUGUUUGUGUCAGUGGUAGCUAGCAAUGGAGUCUGCUCUGAGAAGCUGAAAGAGACUGUUCAAGUUCAGUUUCCUGUUAAGAAAGUAGCACUUGCUUGUCAUUCAGAUAGAAUAUUCCCUAAAUAUUCAGUCACAUUUUCUGCAAAAGUGAAUGAAGGCAGUAUGCUAAGAUAUGUCUGGGACUUUGGAGAUUCCACUGAACUACUGAUGGACUUACACACAGUCAAUCACACUUAUCAUACUGCUGGAAAAUACAGUGUUGUGGUCAAAGUUUUCAACAAUGUUAGCCAUGUGUCUGCAGAGCUACAGGUGAACGUACAGGAGCUUCAGUGUUCAAAGCCUCAAGUUUCUCUAGUUCAGAGUCAGUCUACUAUUUUCAGGUCUAGACUAAGUUUCUUUGAGGCAGCGGUGGACAUGAACUGUUCUGCUUACAAGACCAGUUAUCUAUGGGAGAUAUUCAGAGCCUUUGAUUGUACUAACACAGUUUCACUGGAAACAGACAGAUUUCAGCAACCCAGCUGAUGUAACCUCACCAUUUCUCCAGAUUCCAAGCAUGCUCUUCAGGUUGGACAGUAUUGCCUGGUCUUUACCGUUAUAUUAAAGGGGACUCCUUUACUUGCAAGAAAGACCAGUGUUACCGUGGUCCACUCCCCACUGGUGGCUGUCAUCAAAGGAGGCUCCUACAGACUGUGGCCUAGUCACACUGACCUUAUCCUGGAUGGAUCUGAGUCUGGAGACCCUGAUGUGGAGCUAAGAAAGGAGGACAAGCUGCAAUACAACUGGACCAUCUGGACAGCGGUAAUGGUGUGUGAUGCUUCGUUGCUUCCAGUGAUUAUAGAAUGUAUGUCCUGCUCCGUCCUGUCCUCCCCCCACCGUCUCACUGACACCCCCUCCAUUACCCUCUCUGGACAGUGUUUAUCAUGUGAGCACCAGGCUCAGUACCAGUGGAGUGUUGUGAAUCAGAGUGGCCAGAUGUUAGACCUGGAUGACAUCAUCACCUCCAGUGGAAGUCCGUCCCUGGUCUUGGCGAUGCGUUCAGGUGUCUUCCAACCAGAGCAGAGUUACACUUUCAUCCUGAAUGUUUCUGAACCUGUCAGUGGGCGGUGGGGCAGUGCCAGCCUGACAGUGCGUCCUAACUGGCCUCCACAUGGAGGUGUGUGCAGCCUGAGUCCAAAGUCAGACAUACGUGGACUGGAGACCGUGGUCACCUACAGCUGCUCAGGGUGGCAAGAUGAUGAAAGUGAGGCAUCACAGUUAAUCUACUGGUUCCAGGUGGUUCCAUGUCAGCCCAGUACCGCUCUGUGUCCCAUCCUGACCCUGUACAGGGGCACCAGGUCAACAUUUGGCAGCGUGGUUCCAGUAGGAAGUCCAGGACAAAAACAGGGGCUGUCAGUCAUCACAGUUUUCCUGCUGGUAGAAGACCAUCUGGGGGCGAAGGUCAUGGCUCUAAACAGAACGCUGAUGGUUGAAAAUCCCACACAUGAUGAGGACACCGGUCCGUGGCUUCACAACAAGAGUCGGACCGAACUAUGGACCUUAGUCCAACAUGGCAACCCUCAGGAGAUCAUCCCCUACUCCAUCGCCCUGACGAGUUACCUCAACCAGGUUGAGUCUGGACGGAACAUUCAGGAGCUUCAUGACAGAAUGGAGAUUCGGGGAAAUGUGACCCGAGCUCUGGCCUCCCUCUCAGUUUCUUCUCUGAAGGAUGUUGAUCAAAUAGGCUCAGCUUUGGUGCAGUCCACUGCGGUUCCCAGUGAGUUGGUGUGUAAAGACUGUCAGAAGAAGGUUCUGGAAGCAGUGGAGAAGAUGAUCCAGGUCAUACAAAAGCAUUCAAGCACAGAUGCUCUGUCAGCCGUUGAAACUGGAUGGAAUAUUCUUAACAUUAUAGGUAACACCUUGGCCGCUGUGUCUGAGUCUGUCAGUGUUUCCACGUCUUACCCAGACUCCUCGGCUUCUGCGCUGUCCCUGUCGGCGCUGGGCCAGACCUCAGCCCUCAUGCGCUCGCUGAUGCCUUCACAUGUUCCGAACAGACCUCUGUCCAUCUCCACUCCUUACAUCAGCACCGUUGGUUUCCAUGGCCGACCUUCAGACCUUCUUUGCACUCAGCGGUCCAUCCGGUCCGACCGGCAAACAUCCAGUCCCUCUCCGUCAUCGUUCACAGACAGAUUGGAUAACUCUGACCUCUGUCCCUUUUUUAUCCCUGUUUCCUUCACGGAUCACUUGCAGAGUCAGAGUGCUGAGGUGGUGCAGGUGUUGUACGCUCUGAGUGAAGCCCUCUGGUCCAACCCACUGCUAACAGCGGCUGACCCUCCCAUUUCAACCGCUCUGGUUGCCAUGGAGCUCACCACACCUCAGGGUCAAGCCAUCCCCAUUCAAGACCUAAAUCCUGAAGAGACCAUUAGGGUCACCCUACCCAACAAAUAUUAUAUGGGACAGAGCGGAGGUCAAAGGUCAGGUGAGGACACAAACAGGACAUGUCUUACUGUGACCAUCCCUAAUGAAGGACGCCUGAACUUUACAGUCAAAGAUGUGGACGGACUCGACAGAAAUGCAGGUUUAUACAUCUCCUUCAACUUCAGCCAGGUCCCAGGAGCCGCUGUGGUGAGUGUGGGAUCUGUCAGAGUAGAAGUCCACAGCACAUGGCCAGAGGAGAAUGCAUCCCAUAAUUCCAUGGUGACAGACUGGUCCCUGUGUCUGUCUGCUGCAGACGCCUGGGUGGAAAAAACCAUCUACCUGUCUGCACUUUCUCUGUGUCAGUUCUACAAUGAGGAGCAGAGACGCUGGAGCAGUGAAGGUCUGCGUCCACUGGAGGGCAGCACGCUCCACACAGCCCACUGUCGAAGCCAGCACCUGACCAUGUUUGGAGCCGCUGUGUCCCUGCACCCUGGGGCUGUGCUCUUAUUACCACCGUCAGGAGGUCCUGUGAGGAACAUGGUGGUGGGGAUUGUGUGUGGUGUCCUGGUUCUGCUUCAUUUGCUGCUGGGGCUUAUCGCCCACAAACUGGACCACUUGGACGGUGUGAGACUGAGCCAGGUCCCGCUGUGCGGCGGACCGGGCCUGUACACCUACAGAGUCCUGGUCAAAACAGGCUGGAGACGAGGAGCAGGCACCACAGCACACGUUGGCAUCAGCCUGUACGGUGUGAAUAAGAGCGGCCCUCGCCAUCUGCAGAGGGACGGCGCUUUUCAACGCGGCGGCCUGGACCAGUUUCACCUGGAGACAGAUGACAACCUGGGGGAGGUCUGGAAAAUCCGGAUCUGGCACGACAACACAGGUUUGGACCCGUCCUGGUACGUGAAGCAUGUGGUGGUGUGGGACCCGCAGACCGACCACAUGUUCUUCUUCCUGCUGAAUGAUUGGCUCUCUGUGGAGAAUGUGAAAAAUGGCACCGUGGAGAAAGAAGUCCUGGCAUCGUGUCCUGAGGAACUCACUCAGUUUAGUCGUGUCUUCACAUCUCAGCUGAUGUUUGGGAUGGUGGAGCGCCAUCUGUGGCUGUCGCUAUGGGAACGCCCCGCCCACAGCCGUUUCAGCCGGGGUCAGAGGGUCACCUGCAGCGCCCUCCUGCUGCACCUCUACCUGGCGCUGGGGGCUUUGUGGUACGGCGCUGUCAGCACCACGGGGACCAGUGGACCAGUGUCAGCCCAGAUGCUGGUUACCAUGGAGACAGCAGCUGUAGGGAUGGCCAUGGCAGUCCUGGUGUUUCCCCUGCAGUGUUUACUCUGUUAUUUAUUCAGGAGAAUCCACAGUCAGGUAACCGUGGACAUGUCCCUCCCUCCGUCCCCUGUGUGCCACUCAGUGCUGAUGGACGUGUCUCUGGUCCAUCAGGGUCUCUCAGGUCCAUCUGUCUUGUCCUUUCCGGACUCAUCAAGUCCAGCUGGACACAGUCCGUCAUCUUUACUGCAGAGUCAGCUGUUUGACUCCAGUAUCCUGGACUUGUGGGCUUCCUCUGGUCUGGUACCUCAGACCAGGACCACGGUUCCAGAUGAGGAUGAGGGUUUGGCAGCAUGGCCAUCCUGCGACAGCCUCCUGAACCUACCGGCCGUCCCGUACCUCUGUGAGGAAUCACCUGUUGUCGGUCGGACGCGACUUCUCAGGAGGAAGAAGGCGGUGAUGCAACUGCCCCUGACCCCCCCCUCCUCCUCUGACUCACCUACAGGGGGCGCAGACCCCCCUCAGAUGUUCUCCUUGUCCAGCACUCACUGCCGUGUGGUGUCACCAGGUCAGGGUUCCCCCAGUGUCACUAUGAACCCCAAAACCUACACCCACAACCUGAGCACACUUCUAACUCUGUCUGAGGAGGAUUUGCUGAUGUCCAUAGCAGCAGCAGCAGAAGACACAGCAGACACUGUCAACAGCAACUCAGACAGUGGGCGGGACUCACCCAGAGCCGCCUCCCCCCUCUCCACCCUUGGGAGUGGAUCCAGUGACAGCUGGUCAGAGCAGAGUGAGGCCAAGGACUGUCCACUCUCAGAUGGAAGACCACUCUACAAAUGUCCGUCUGUGGACUCAGUGUCCAGCACCGUCCUGCCGUCUCCGUCUCCUGACUCGACAGGCUCCUCCUCCAGCACACGCAUAGGUGUUGUUCGAGGUGGUCCCCGCUGUCUCCUUCCUCCGUGGUCACUGUAUGUGAUCUACCCCCUGGUGGCGCUGUUCCUGGCCGUCUGCCUGUCGGUGGUGGGAGUCUACGGCCCCUCCCUCUCCAGGACGGUGGUGCUCAUGUGGCUGCUGUCGGCUCUGUCGGCCUUCCUCACCUCCGCUCUGCUGCUGGAGCCUGUCAAAGUGUGUUUCCAGGCCUUGGUCUACACUCUUCUAUGGAGGCCUGUAGAUCCAGAGGUGGAGGACCAUAUUUCCCAUGAGUCCACAGUGGUGAGGUCAUUUGGAGAGCAGGGGGGGAGGGUUCGGGCGCCGGCUGGGUACGGGCUGCUGCAGGCCAAGGAGGAGGCGCGCAAAGUCCGAGCUCUGCGUUCACUCAUGAAGAACUGUGUGAAGCAGCUCCUGUUCCUGCUGCUGCUGCUCAUGGUCAACUACCAGGACGGUCCAGAGCAGAGGGAGGGCCGCAGGUUACAGGCAGCAAUCAGACAGCACCUGCACACCACAGCCAGGCCAGGGGGGGUCCCCAACCUCAGCUCCAUCACAGACUGGUCAGAUGCAAAGCGGUGGGUCAUCCACACCUUGGUUCCUCACCUCUAUGAAAGCCCCUCACUGCAUCUUGUGGGGUUGCCACGGUUACAGUACAGCCGUGCUCUGGGUCCAGUGGUGGAUGUUAUUAUGGGAAACCACAGCGAGACGACGACGAGGCUCAUAAAGGAUCUGAACAUGGACGAGUGGAGGAACACACAGUUUCAGUGGCUGUCUGUGGACUUCACACACUACCACACACACUCGGCCUUAUUUGUGUGUGUGUCUGUUCAGCUGGAGCUGAGUCAGACCCACAGAGUCAUCCCUUCGCUCUCCAUCCACCCACUGCUGGUGUCCUCCUCCAGACUGGACCUUCAUCUGGCUCUGGCGGUUCUGCUCCUCCUCUCUGCUCUUCUCAUCUCGUUUGCAGAGGUGCGCACCAUGGUUACUGAGCGUGUGCAUUAUGUGCAUCGGUGCAGUCACUGGUUUCAUCUGCUCCUGGCCUCGUUGUCCCUGGCAACAGCCAUCCUGCAGCUCUGCUUCCUGUCGCUGUCUACUUCCUGUGUUAAUGAGUUUCGUCAGCAGCCGGACAGCUACGUCAGCUUCCACAGCGCUGCCCUUCUGGCUCAAAGGUCUUCUCAGACUGCAGCCGUCCUGCUCACUCUGCUGGUCAUGAAGUUGGUGGGAACCCUGCGUUUCGUGCGGCGGUGGGUGGCGAUCGGCAGAGUUGUGCACAGAGCCUGGGGGGAGCUGUGGGCUGGGACUGUCCUCCUGCUGCUGUGGCUUCUACUCUGCUCUCACCUGGGGCACACUCUGUUCUCUGAUUGGAUGGAAGACUUCCUGUCUCCACGUCAGGCUGUAGUGUCAGUGCUGUCCAUCCUGCGUGGCCGGGGGGUUCUCCAGAGGUUAUGCAGAGUGCACCCGUCCCUUGGCCCCCUGUAUGGCGUCCUCAUCGUGGGGGGAGGUGUUUGGGUCCUGGGCAGACUGUGUGGGGCUGUUCUCAUCUGUGCAUACAGGUCAGAGCAGGUUGACAUGUACCGUCCAACUGUCGAACCUCAGGACUAUGAGAUGGUGGAGUUUUUUAUCAAGAGACUCAAACUGUGGAUGGGACUCACCAAAGCCAAAGAGUUCAGACACAGGGUGAAAUUCGAGGACAUGGACACCCCUCCCACCAGGUCUUCCCAGGAUUCCCGUCCGUCCACCGUGUCCUCCCCUCUCCCCUCGUUCUGCUCUCCGUCCCUGUCCCCCCCGCCCUCCCUGUCCUCCUCGUCCUCCCCCCCGCCCUCCCUGUCCUCGGCCCUGUCCAUCAGGUCUGAGGACUGGUCCCCGUCGGAGCCGGGCUUCGACGUCCAGCCGUACCUGGAGCGCCUGCUGCCGCGCGUCAAUGCUCUGCUGUGUGGUUUCGAUCGCGUCAACCAGAUAACAGAUGACGUCCACGACCUGGAGAUGAAAAUAGAGGAGGUCCAAGUCAGAAGAAGGAGAAGAAGCUGGAUCCAAGACAGAGAAAAGAGUAGAGGGAGGUCAGGAGCGUCAGGGAAACCACAGAAAGCAGACGCAGAAGUAAAGGCGACGGAUGUUCGACACAGGAGGACCGGCUUCCUUUACCCCCCCCCACCACCGUCCCUCCCAUCAUGCCUUUCUCUCACUCCCUUUACACUGAACUCUUCUGCAGCAGCGGGCGUCUUCCCCCGGAUUCGAAGCUCUCACUCGGAGUCGGAGUCUCUCCCGCUUCAGAUCCGUCCCUCUCCGUCAGCCAAACCGGACGGUCUCAGCCCGUCUCCGGCAGCUUCCCCCGGAUCGGAACGCUUCCCCAGGAGGAGAGCUUGGCAUUCUGGGAGUUCUCAUUCAGCUGACACAGCACAGAGGAUCUUCCAAAGCCAGGGUGGAGUCCAUCCAUGUGGAAACAGGACAGAACAUGUGGCCUCGGUCAACAGCAGACCCAGGAGUGAAGAUGGGCUGAGGUGGAGCAGCAGUGAUGGAGUCCCAGUGAAAAGGAAGGCCUGGACCUGGGAGGGAGCAGAGACGGAGCAGGACUGA